AUGGCAUCCCACGACAUCGACCUCGAGAAACAACCACUCUCAACCACAACCGAGACAUCCCCAACUCCAACUACAAGCCAUGCCAUGAAAGACCCACUCCAGAUGUACCAAGUCUUGGUCGGCGACAUUCACAAUCCCAUCUCCGCACAGGACGACAGUCUCUACCACGACAUCAUCGUCGCCGAGCGCAAAGCAAAACUCAUGACCUGGCUGACUGGUUUCAUGUUCGCUUUGCUAGUCGCCAUGCAAAUCGUUCUGUGCCUUGGCAUUGCCAUCGGUGCUCAGACGGGACUGACUUUGAUGACCAUCUCCAUUCUCGCCGGCGUCAACACAGGCGUUGCUGCUGGCAUCGCUGUUCUAAAGGGUUUGGGACUGCCGGAGAAGAAGAUCGUGGAGAGGCAUAAGCUUCAGAAGCUGGCCGAGAAGAUCAGGUUCACCACCCGCAGGUUGCAAGCUGGAUUGAAUGUUGAUGCUGCGAAAGAAGCUGAAGAUGCUAUCAGAGCUCAUGAUGAGGUCGAGGAUGAGGCCAUUGUGCUCCCCAACGUCGGCGAUGCUUCCGCGCCUGUGCCCAAGGAUGCUGGGAAGAAGGAGAUGCCUGCUUGA